CGGGAGAGCUCGGCUUUCUCCGUAAAGCCUCGUUUUCGCUCGACUCUACUGUCGACCAGCCAUAGAGACCAAAGGCGUCAAAAUGGCCGCCCAACGACUGUUACAGGUCUAAGAAGAAAUAAAGUGUGAUCAAGAUCUAAUGAAAAUGACAGCCAUUAAAGUUGUGCGCCUGGAGAAUGUUCUAUUUAGUCCACAAGAUAGUGAAAUUACAUCUCUCCGACCUCAGACUAUAGAAGACACAAAUGUCAGAGAGACGUCAGACAGCAUCCUUUCCACAGGAGUUUUUAAAGACGAAGGUCUACAAGAAGAGCAAGAGGAUGCUAGCAGCAAAGGCAGUGCCAUAGAUGACAAAGUGUUCUGUUUGCCAGAGGAUUGGCCUUGGAUAAAGCAACUAUCUCGACCUAUGAGCUGUAUGCUAACAACAUCUCGUCUACCAUGUGUGAAGAAGGCAGUAUCUCAUUUAGAACUGAUCCAAAAUGUCAUUGAUGACUGGUUUAAAAACAGAGAGGAUAUGGUUGGAAGCCAUUUUUCAAAGAAGGAAUCACCCACAUCUGCAUCUGCACAAUGUGGGCUAAAAAAACAAUUGCGUUUUGUUGACCCAGUCAGUCAAUGUACUACAGCUGACAGUACUAUAACUUCAGUAUCAAAGACAUCAUCUAGAGUGUCGUCUCCCUUGACUGUCAUGGGCAUUGGUGCCAUUAAAGCAUCUGAAGUAGAAGAAAGAGAAACAUAUAAUGUUGCUGAAGACACUUCUUCUGACCUUGACCUUCCUUACUUGGGAGCUGAUGAUGCCAUUGAUGAAGUUAUAAUAUUGCUGGCAAGACUGGAGGCAGAUCGGCAGGAAACUCAACAACACUACCUGGAGGAGACAAGGACAGUUGCAACUCUCAAGAAGAAGAUUGAUGAUCUCUGCUUACGCAGGCUCCGUGAUCUUCCACUUCUGGUACAAAGAGAGCAUGAAGCUUGUAUCAUGGAUCUGAAUGAACUGCACUGGCAUGUUGCUUAUGUCACUCGCACUGAGGCUAAAUCCAAAAAUCGGAAGCUAACAGCGGCAGAACUGCACAACAGCCUGAAGGAAGAAAUUAGUUUUGUCAAGCAGCAUGUACCUCUUGUACAAGAAAAGUUGGUUUUAGAGGUACAGGCAAUGGACAAGAUAAAAAAGGCUCAAGUAGAGACAAACCAAGAACUAAUGGCAACACAACAGCGGCAGGCAAAGACAGAACAGAAAUCAAAAGAAGCAUUGACAAAAGCGGAGACAGAAAGAGGUCACAUUAAACGAGAGAUUGAUACAGUCAGAGACAAGCUAAAGCGGAUCACGGAGGAACAAACAUGGUCCAAGAUGACCUUUAGCGAGUAUACAAAGCAGGUGAGUGACAUCAGUAACCAGCUUGAGAAGAACGCUCAGGAGCUGCAGGUGUUGGAAGUGAAGGAUGACUCUGCAAAGGCUGCGGAAGAGAUGCAGGCAACGAAGGUCCGUUCACUUCAAGGAAAGAUUGCUGAUGCAGAGUUUGAGUUCCAGCAGCUUGAAAAUGACAACAUUCAGGCAGCAGAAGAACUGGCAGUAAUGAAAACAAAAAAUUCAGCAAGAAUAGAUGAACUAGAUCGUCGAAAUAGAAUCCUUUUAGGCAAGCUGCAGACAGUUCAGAGAAGGAAUCAGGAACUGACCAUCGACAUUGAAGACACACAGGAAAAGAUCAGUGCAUGUGAAAAACAGAAGGUGGCUGACGAGAAGAAUAUUGUUCGUAUAAAUAAGGAAAUUGAGAGAGUGGAUAUGCUUCUGCAGUCAAUUACAAAUGAACAUAUCCAAGUCUCUGCCAUCAACAAUCAAGUGCGUGACAAGUUAUUCAGUGAGCAAGACAAGGCUUCUCGAGCAGAAGAGUCUCUCAAAACCACAGUGGACUCACUAAGGAGACAGGUAAAAGAAGAGGUUCACUCAAGGACUGUCUUACAGGCCAGAAUUGCUUCAGACACUCUUGAGAUUGAAAAGAGUAAGACAGAGUCAGCCAAAAAACGAGAAAAGGCAGGAAAAGUUUCAGAUGAUGUAGAUGCUGCCAUCAAUAAUGUACUAGAAAAAGUGGAACAUCUUCGAUCUCUGAAAGUCAUUAAGAAACAGAAAAUAGCAGAGCUUGAGUCAAAGCUCAUUGAGACAAAGUCACAACAUCAGGAGAGUGAAAGGCGUUUUCAGGAGCAACUCGAUAAGCUGAGUCCGUACCAAGCGAACCUCAAGGUGGAAGUGGGCGAACUCGACAAGCGGCUGGACCACAUUGCGUGGAAGACAACUUUGAUGAACAACAAGACUGAAGAGAUGGACGGAGCCCAGACGAUGAUGGAGCGUGUUUGCAAGAAGACGGAAGCUGCCAUCGAGGAGCUGAAGGAGGAGUUGGCUGAGGCAAGCCUUCAGCUGGAAACUGCACGCACAAUCGGCAACAACUUGAAGCAGCAGCACCAAAGUGUCCUGGAUCGACUCAGAGACGGCGAGAAUCAACAUUCUCGCUUAAUUGGAGACCGCAAGGUGGCACUUCAAAAUCACGAGGACGAGAAGAACAAAUGCCUGGCUAGAAACAGAGACCUGGCUGCUCGAUACAGGCAGCUGACAAACGAGUUCCUUAUUAUGAAGGAACAGCUGCUGAGAGACUUCGACCACCGCAUCAAACUCGAAACCACCAUUACCGACAUCAAGCAGCUCAAGAGCCUGCAGUCCAAGCUGUACGGUGCUCUGGCGGACUACUUCAAGCUCAGCGGCCUGUACCACGAGGGGGAGCUGACGCGCCUGGAGUCCAUAUCAGCCGACAACAGCGAGCGGGUGGUUCAGCUACAGGCGGACAUGGACGAGGCCCUGCAUCUCAUCACAGUCUUCCUUAGCACGCAGAUGGACGGCGCGCGCGCCAACCAGGGAGUGUCGGAGGCGGUCGGGAGCACGAAGAAAGCCAAGAGUAGUGGAGUCGGCCCCCGUCCUGCGGGUCCUGCAGGUCCUGCAGUCUUGGUCACUUAGCCACUCAGCCUGAAGUGUGAUUUCUUCCACCCAAAGAGGGUGACUAUUGAGACGACGCAUCCGAUGACAUUUCUUGUUUUGUGUCUAUGAAUUAUACCAGAGCUGCUAAGCAAUAUUCGUUUAGGUACAUGGGAAUUAAAUCAGAUUCCCUAGGUUAACUGAGAAUUAAACCAUCUUUGCUAGGGUAUGUGGGAAUUCAACGUGACUGGUGUGUUAGAGAAUUAAAACAGGUUCAUUAGGGUACAUAGGAAUAAAAACAGGCAGGUCCACUAAGGUAAUGUAAUUUACUGUAGGUUCACUAAGGGAUUUAAACCAUGUUCAUCAAGAUUCUUACGAGUUAAACAAGGUGCACUAGGUUGCGUGGGAAUUUAUCCCGGUUCAUUAUGGUGCGUGGGAAUUAAGCCAGACCCACUAGGGUACGUGGGAAUUAAACCAGCAUCAUUAAUGUAUAUGAGCAUCGAAGCAGGUAUUUUCAAGUACAUUGGAAGUAAACAAGGUACAUUAGCAUAAUAAGACUCAGUUCACCAGGGUACCUGGGAACAUAUUAUACCAAUACCGACGAUAAGACGGAGCCAUCUGAGGAUGUAUCCUGUCCUUGCCUUACGUGCAGCAAUGACUGCCAUUGAAAAAAGAUUUUGUACAGCGGCAAUAACACCGCUAAUUAUUCUGUCUACAAACUUCUUAAUAUGUCCAAUAAAUCUAUCGCAUUAUCGUGUACUUUGCGGCCAGAAGUCUGAGGUACAGUUCAUGGGUUCACUCGUGGAACCUUGAUGCCAAUAAGUAUCCGUUGGAACCUAUAAAAAUUGUUGUGUAAGGUCAUGAAGUCUAGAGACGUAGGACUGUCGCCAUACAUUGUGGUAGCAAGCAGUGCAUGCUGGACAUAGCCAUGCCAGCCAUUGUUUGAAGUGACAAUAGCAGGAUAUGGGAUCAUGCUUACAACGCUAGAAAGAGCAUUAUUUCACAAAGGACAAUGUGAACACAUAAUAAUUAAAAAAUAUUAAACACAAUAGCUAAUAAUAUCUAGAUACGACAGCAUGGUAUAGUACUGUGUAGUGUAGCACAGUAUGGUACAAUACUAUGUGGCGCCAAGAGAGGAAUUUUCUCUAAUUCUAUACUUAUAGAAUGAAUUCUGUAUAGAGAAUUGAAAUGCAUAUGGAACAAGGCUGCCUCAUUUGCAUAUGGGGCAAGAAGGUCAAAGAUCAACCAAUAAGUGCCCUCGAAACAUGACCUUUCAUUCUUGUGUGUGCGUGAAUUUUAUAGCUAGAAUGCAUUUUGUAGCUGCAGAAUGGAAUUGUAUAUAUAUAAUGAAUUGGAUAGCAACUUCUGAGUAGAAUAGUAAUGAAAUACUUUGGUUUUUACCGAGUUUUUCUCUCUCAAGCUGUAAAAUGAAUUUUAAACUUAUGGAAUAUAUUCUAUAAGUAUAGAAUGAAUAGUAUAGCUAUAGAUAUUCUAUACUUAUGGAAGUGAACUGUAUAAAACAGAAUGCAUUAUGUACGUAUAGAAUGAAUUGUAAAUCUAUAGACUGAGUUUCAUGUAUAAAAUGCAUUUUAUAGCUAGAGAGAGAUAAUUAGAGAAAGUUCCCCUCAUUGAGCCCCAUACAAUAAUAGUCCAGACAAAAAGUGUCAUGAUGGCGUCCCACGAGCAUCAAUGAGUGAAAAGGCAUUGGAUGUCGGGAAGAGCCCCUUAGCCCCUAUGCACGCGCGAAAAUAUACUAACGGUAGCACACACUGAAGCUCUUUCGCACAAUCGCCAUAUUCGUAAUUAAACACCCGCGAAACUCUGUACCCACUGGGUGCUAGAGGGUUCAUAGGUGUAAAACUACAGGGUCUGGGGAAAAGGUCAAAGGUAUAGGCAGGGGGAGGUCAAGCAGUUGACGCUGUUUGUGCCAGAAGUCAGACAAGUUCCAAGGUUCAACUCGUUACAAGACAGUCCCUACACCGGAGGUAAACAUCAUGUCCUAGAGGCAGUUAGUGCAACUGGCUUGACUUUCUGUUGUCCAGUCUGCGUGCUAGUGCAUCUACAUUAACAGGUCUACAUAAUUAAGGAUUGUCAGAUUCUAUUAUGUUGUUUGGUUAAUGUUGGACAUCGCAGACUUUAUGGUGUGAAUUGGACUGCUUUUUAAAUUAGCAACACAUAAAUACGACAAAUAUGUGAAUUUAUUUGAGUUUCUAUAGAUAUUGUAUACAUACAGCUUUAUAUAAAAGAAUAUAUGUAUAUAUACGAAUGUCUGAUGUUAUAUAAUAUAUCAAAGUAGCUUAAUAAACUGUCAUGUUUUGAUACCAGUAAACCUGUAUAAGUGACUUGUGCGGCCUAACCUCAUAAACUGAAGGCAGUUUAGUAAGAACUGUGAGGUAUGUCUGCUGCUAGAGGCCGGGCAGUGCGGAGCAACAAAGUAGAAGAGAAUGCCGACCUUGAGUAUGUGACAUAAGAGCCUCGUGUAUCGCAGGUCCCAGGGGGAACCUUACUGAGGUACAGAGGGUGAUCAGGGUUUAUGGCGUCCUAAGGGGCGCACGGUAGUGAAGGGGUUAAAAUACUCGCUUGUCACCUCCAGUGCAGUGACAGGCGCAGGGUUCACUCGGGACACUGUAUGUGACACCUGUUUGCAGGGCCGACUGUCGGAGGCUUUCUCCGGGUACUUAGGGCUAUCCCCCCAGCCCACCAUCACCCUUCUUCUCAUAGUGCGAAAGUACCUGUAGGUGGAAACACUUACCUGUCAAACCAGCCAACCACAGGUCUUGGUUCCAGAAAUGCUAAAACCCUUCUUUGGACUUCGGGUCGUAAGUUUCUGGAAAAGCCUGUCAUGAUCCAAGCUCUAUUACUGUAUUUUCAAGAAACAAACAUCUUCACCAUCUUCAGUUGCAGAUCGAGUUUCUCAUGUGUCCAGAUCAUUUCAGGUCAAGCACUCUCUAUAAGAGAAUUAUAGGCCUGCUAAACAUCAGUAGGUCUCUGUUCUCCUAGAAGGACUUACCUACAGUGUUAUACUGUUUAAGUUGAUUUAACCGAAAGGAGGAAAGUAUCUUUGAUGUAGAAACCCGUCUUCAGAAUGAUACAGCGGUAUCUUUUUACGGUUUUGAGACAAAUAUGUGGUAUAUAGCCUUCAAAAUAAACAAGUCUAAUUUUA